ACUCUGGCUUUGUAAAGUGUAAACAAGCUAUUAUCUACUGUGUAUGGUCAUUGCUGUUACUAUCAUACUGUUACAUCCACUCUGGGGCGGCACGGUGGCUCGGUGGGAAGCACUGUUGCCUCACAGCAAGAAAGACCUGGGUUCAGUUUCCAGGUGAAGUGGUCCGGGUUCUUUCUGUGAGGAGUUUGCAUGUUCUCUCUGUGUCUGCGUGGGUUUCCUCCAGGGGCUCCGGUUUCCUCCCACAGUCCAAAGACGUGCAAGUGAGCAGCAGCAUGGUCAGAGUGGUCUUUUUACACCCAGAUUUGGGAAUAGGAGGCGCAGAGCGGCUGGUGGUGGAUGCUGCGGUAGCAUUACGUUCACGUGGCUGCAGCGUACAGAUCUGGACGGCACACUACGACCCUCGUCACUGCUUCUCAGAAACGCUCUCGCCAGACCUGCCGGUGGUGUGUGUUGGUGACUGGUUGCCCACCAGUGUGUGUGGGUACUUCCAUGCGCUCUGUGCCUAUAUCCGUAUGAUUUAUGUAGCUCUGUACCUGGUGUUUCUUAGCGGAGAGGAGUUUGAUGUGGUUUUCUGUGAUCAGGUGUCUGCAUGUAUUCCUGUCCUGCGCCUAGUCCGCCAUAGAAAGAAGGUCCUCUUCUACUGCCACUUUCCUGAUCAAUUGCUAACGCAGCGGCGUUCACUGCUCAAGCGUCUCUAUCGCGCGCCCAUCGACCAACUGGAGGAGCGGACCACUGGCAUGGCUGACCUAGUUGUAGUCAACAGCAAAUUUACUGCUGAUGUUUUCAAACAGACGUUCCCCAACCUGAGUGGCAUCCAAACUGAUGUCCUUUACCCCUCCUUAAAUACAUCCACUUUUGAUCGGAACAUGGAGGAUUUAGACGGGCUGAUUCCUGACCGCUGCCGCUUCCUUUUUUUGUCAAUAAAUCGCUACGAGAGAAAGAAAAAUCUACCUUUAGCAGUACAAGCACUAGCUGCACUCAAGGAACGAAUUUCAGCACGCCAGUGGGAGCAGGUGCACCUGGUCAUGGCGGGCGGCUAUGAUGAACGGGUGGUCGAGAACGUGCAGCACUAUGCAGAACUCCGCUCACUGGUGUCCUCUCUCGGCCUGGGCGACCACGUCACCUUUCUGCGUUCGUUCUCUGAUCGCCAGAAGGUGGCACUACUACACAAAAGCACCUGUGUUCUGUACACACCCAGCGGAGAACACUUUGGAAUUGUUCCCAUCGAGGCCAUGUACAUGCAGUGCCCAGUCAUUGCCGUGGCAUCGGGAGGGCCUUUGGAAUCAGUGGCUCAUGAAGAGACGGGUUUCUUGUGCCAGCCAGUGGCCGAAAGCUUUGCCGAAGCCAUGCAGAGGUUCGUGGCCGAGCCGGAGCUCAAGAAGCUCAUAGGGAAGGCGGGAAAGGAAAGAGUGUUGAAGAAGUUCUCACUGGCAGCUUUUACAGAUCAGCUCUAUCAAUACAUCCUCAAUUUGGUCAACUGAUGCCAUGGUGUCUCCUGGACUCCAGAAGCGGGAUUCCACUGGACAGGUUACUAGGAAGGAAACAAUAAAUGAAUGUACUAAUUAAAGAUAAGAGCAGUGAACACGUGAGGUGUUGACCUGUCUUAGACUCAGGCUGGAGGGACAAUAGAGAACUAGGGCUGGAAUCUGCAGCAUCUACUGACUGAGAGCUUAAUGAAUGGACACAUUGAUCGGAUACGGAUCAUCUUCAGGUCUGGAGAAAAUGUGUCUUUCACCUGUGGACCAUUAGAGAGUUUCUGGGCCAAAAAUUUAAUGACACUAUUUUUGUGCCCAGUGUGUUUUUAGGCCUGUUAGCCUUGGUUCACUAAUAUUUAUGGUAAAACUGUUAACAAUUGUCUCUUACAGACAAAGGACCACAGUUUUAAAUUGGGUUUGGGAUUGUUACUGAAUUUAUGUGCUCCCAUAUAGGUCGUUAUUAACAGACAGAAUUUAUUUUCAUCUCUAACCAAUAUGAAAGCGUGAUAACUGUUUUUAAUCUGGAUUUCUGCAUUUAUUACUUGUGAAAUGUGGCCCAAUCCUAAUCCUGGUUAUUAUAAUAAACAAACAUAUUCUGCCUAAACUAAAAAUGAAAACAACUGUAUUUUUAAUUUAAUGUUGAUUAAAUAUUGAUUAAUCAUUCCCAAUCCAGUCUGUAAAAUGUAUCCUUUAGCAUCAAUAACAUCUGUAGCUGCUGAAUAGACUUGCACAACUGUAAGGAGUGAUCUUUAGGUCAUUUAGGUUUUCUAUGCAUGACCAACAGUUCUAUUUAGUUUGGCUUAAGGUCUAGAUUUCAACUUUGGAACUCUCUUUUUAUUUCACACCAACAUUUUGUUGAUUUAUUAAUUGUUUGGUUCACUGUCUUGUUGUGUCAUCCUACUAGAAUGUUUACUCAAUUACUAAAAUCUGGACAGGCCCUGAGGUAGCAAAGCAGCCCCUAUUAAUGAUUCUCCCUACAAUAUGUCUCUCAGUUGGGUUGAUGUUUUAUUGCAGUUAGCCCCGCGAGACCCCCGUGUGCAUCUGAGUAUACACUGAAGGCGACUUAAUUAUCACACUAGUAUUAUAUCAUAGUAGUAUUAUAUAUAUAUAAGUCAGGUGUUUAAGAGAUUUACACACUGGACUGUCUGGCAUGUGCCAGGUAAAAACAUGGCAAGCCUGAUGUUGGACAAGAAGGUCAGGGGUCUGUGCAGGCCACUGGAGUUCCUCCACACCAGUCUUGUAAAACCAUAUCUUUAUAAACCUUACUUUUACAGAGUGCCAUAGGAAAGAGCUUUUCUCUAUACUGCUUGCACAAACUUUUAAGUGCACAAAAGCAUUUAAGUUGUUUUAUGUAGUACAUUUAUACAAUCGUUAGCAAUGGGUGCUAGCAACUCCCCGGUUCGAUUCUCAGCUUUGCUACCAGUAGACACAAUUGGCUAUCAAGUCCUGCUGGAUGGAAAAACACCGGACUAAUAAGUGGUUGGGGUCUUCAAACGCCGUGCAAGGACCCUGGUAUGUGUCUCUCCGUGCUUGGCAUCCAUCGGCCUCGUGUGAAUCCACCGAGGCACGGGCGAAAAAGAAGGGGUCGAGGGACUGCACAUGCAUCGGGUUGGUGGUGAUGGUGGUGUUGGGAGCAAGGGGCAGGCUAAUAUACCUUCCUCGGAUGCAGUCGGGGUCCCCAGCAUUUGGCUAUGCUAAAGUUGAGAAAAGGGAGAAAAUGCAUAAAUAAAAUGGAGAAAAAAAAUCCACUUGCAAAACUGCAACGGUGUCCUCAGUACCCAAACAAUUACAAUGUGUAAUUAAUAGGAGACUUCCUUAUACCGUUCCUCUUUCCCAACAUGGAUGUAAGCAUGCCUCUGUCACACCUUUUUUGAGUGUGUUCCAACUUCCAGGCAUCAAAUUCUAAAUGUGUUUCUGUUUACAAAAUACAAUGACCUGAAAAUAUUGGACGUCUUUUCUUUCUACUUUUGUCAGAUAAAUAAAGGUAAAAGAGAAUUAACAAA